AUGUUUGGUGUUCUCAAUCGCAGAGCAUUGCUCUGCCCAAACCUCAACAUCACCAUCAUCAAAACCCCCUCAUUUCUUCACCACUUUUCCUCUUCCAAACAACACUCUUUCACCACCAACUACCUCAUCAACAACUUCAACUUCUCCCCUGAAACCGCUUCCACCAUCUCCACCCGAGUUCGUCUCACCGACUCACAAAACCCUGACUCAAUCCUCGCCUUGUUCAAAUCCCACGGUUUCACAAACUCUCAGUUAUCUCGCAUCAUCCAAAGCUACCCUAAGCUUCUUUCCUCCGACCCCAACAAAACCGUUCUUCCCAAAUUCAAUUUCUUCCUCUCAAAGGGUGCUUCAAAUUCUGAUCUUGUCAAAAUCGUCACUAGAAACCCCUUUGUUUUGCACCUGGGUUUGGAGACUACCAUCACCACUUGUUAUGAUUUCCUCAAAAGAUUCUUGGUUUCUGAUGAGUCCACUAUUCGCUCUCUCAAGUAUUGCACUUGCUUGAUUUAUUCUAAGCACACAUCGGUUAAUGUUCAAGUGUUGCUUGAGAAUGGCGUCCCUGAAUCGAAGAUCGCGUUCUUACUUCGUAGUUGUGCUUAUUCAGCCUGUGAGCAGCCUGAUAACUUUAAGAAGGCAGUGGAAGAAAUCAAGGAAAUGGGAUUUAAACCCAACAGUACGGUUUUCAUGGUAGCGCUGUCUGCGAAGAUGCUGAAUGCAAUGUGGGAAAGGAAGAUUGCUUUGUAUAAGAAAUGGGGUUGGUCUGAAGAAGUGGUUGUUUCGGCAUUCGCGAGAUAUCCGUGGUGCAUGCUGGCAUCUGAGGAGAAAAUUGAUACCAUGAUGGAGUUUUUGGUCAACCGCAUGGGUUGGGACUCUUUGGUGCUUUCCAAAACCCCAAUACUCCUUCUGCUGAGUUUGGAGAAAAGAGUUGUUCCCAGGUCUUUUGUCUUGCAAUUUCUUCAAUCCAGAGGUUUGGUUAAGGAUGUUAAAUCGGCCACGCCGUUUAGAAUUUCUGAGAAGAAAUUCUUGCAGAAAUUUGUGAAUUGCUUUGAGGAGGAGGAAGCUGCUCAGCUCUUGAAGCUGUAUGAAGAGAAAAAAUGUCGUCCAAGAUAA